UAUAAAACUUAUCGGACAUAAAUGGACGAACCCGUUUACAUCCGUUUAAUAAAUGGGCUUUCACAAAAUUAGAUGGACAGUACAGUAAACAUCAAUUAAAACCAAAACGGCGUCGUUUAAACUAAACACACACACAUUCACGCUCCAUUUACGCUUCACCGCCGUUCCUCCUCUCCUCACCGCCGUUCCUCUUUUCCUCAACUUUGGUCCUCCUCUCAUCAGCACCGUUCAUCAUCUCAUCACCGUUGCUACCCGUCUCAUCACUUGCGCUCCUCCUAUCCUCACUGCUACCUUCUCUAAUUUGUGUUCUGAGAUCUCCGGUAGGUGUAGAUCCCGAUCUGGAACUUUCUUUACUCUGUCUCUCUGCUCACAAAGUUGCAAUCUUUGGGGAGAUCUGAGGCAACCCUUUUCUCCUCUGGUGGUAACAGAGAGAGAGAGAGAGAUAGUCAAGAAGAAGAGAGAAGAAAUGGAGAGCGAUAGUGAGAGCGAGAACGAGAGAAGUGAGCAUUGCCAAACCACUUCAGUAGUACCCAGAGGAGGCCCCAUUUAUCUGCCAAACAUGGUGGGAAAUAUUUCUACUAUCCCUGAAUUCCGGUCUUCUUUUCUCAGUCUACUCCAGGAUUUGGAUACUCAUUUAUCUGUGGAAUCUCCUUCAUCGUCGCAGCAAUAUGAUGUCUCAACUGAUGAUCUCAAGAUUUAUACAGAUGAAGAACUCACAGAGAUGGCUAUGAAGGAAGCCUUGUCGGAAGAUAACCUUUCCCAAAAGGAGCUCGAACAAUCUUUAAACACUUCUCAUCAUGAAAAUCCAUCAGCUGGGAGGGCAAAAAGGAAGAAGACUGUAAAGAAGUCUGAGGUAAAGAAGUGGACAGAAAAAAAGACUGAGGAAGCUUAUCUUGCUAAAGUCGAGCAGCUUGCGAAAAUCAAACAAAAGCAGGAGGAGGAUAAGGCAGCUGUUAGGCUGCACUGCUUCAGAAAAACUUGUGAAACUGGUAAAGACGCAGCUGCACCUCCAGACGGUUAUGAGCAGAUGCAAUCUCUUAAGUUCAUAGAUAACAAUUACACGCAAGUGAAGCCAUCAGACAUUCAGGGACAAGUUGAAACGCUAUUUCCUGAAGUCAUUUUGUGUGUUGAGAUUUAUAACAGUCGUAAGGUUAAGACCCAGGAAAUUUUGGUUCUAGGACGUCAAAUGUUGACUGAAUUGAAAGACAAGAUUCACUGUCCUACAGACCAGGUGAUGAAAAAGGCUGGAGAGUAUAACCCCUCUGGAUACUUCCUCAUAGAAGAUGUCUUUCACAAUGAUUUAAGGAAUCCAUCGGCGACAGAUUUAAGCUAUCCUAUUUUAGAAUGGAUAUGGAACUCGAAAGAUGAAGCUCUUAAAAAAUGGGAAUGCCUUUUAACCGGCGAAUUGCAUAAAAAUCAGAAAGCGGUUCUAGGUGAAGGGAACUCCAUGGAUAUACCUCGUUUCAGAACUGCAGACAUGCAGAGUACACGCUUCUGUGACUUAAGAUUCCGAGUCGGAGCUAGUUAUCUCUAUUGUCAUCAGGGAGAUUGCAAGCACAUGAUAAUAAUACGAGACAUGAGACUGAGUCAUCCAGAGGAUGUUCAGAGCAGAGCGGCUUACCCGAUCGUGUUUCGACCGAAGCCCAAGUUUCAGAAAUGCGGCGUUUGUAAGAUAAAAAGAGCUUCAAAGGUUGCAGUGGAUAACAAGUGGGCACAUGAGAAUCCUUGUUAUUUUUGUGAUGUUUGUCUUGCACUUCUACACUCAGAGGAAGGCUCUCUUAGCUGUGACUUCCCAGUAUAUGAUUAUGUUCAUGAGUGAAAUACAAUUUUGUUGAAUAAUCCUUCAAUAGAAAGAUAGUUGUAGCUGCAAAUAGAAGAUAUGAAGAUAUGCCGACAGUUUCCAA